CGCGGAUCGUCCAGUCGGCAGCUUCCGUCCCGCCGCGGAAGCUUGUCAGCCAUUGUAGUUCUGUUCGCCGGUUCCUGUGGGUUGAGUCCGUGGAUUUGCCGAGCUGUCGAGACGAGCGCGUUGUUCGCUGGCGAGUCACCUCGCUCGCGCGACAGCGUUCGUAUUUUACGCGAAGGCCAAGUCCACUAACUCGACGAACGCUAUCCCGCCGCCGCCACCGUUGUCGUCGCUGCCGCCGCCAGCUGACCACCGAUCGUGACACACUUUAAGAUCGUGCAACUUCAGCAACCCAACGAGUUCUCGUCGUCAACCGACGCAAAGCUACACUCUUUCCCAAUCGAUACCAGGAUGUACAACGGAUAUUCCGCGCACGGCAGUUAUAGGCCUAGACCAAAUCGAGACUUUGGCAAUCGCAGUGGAGGGAAUGGAGGAACAUACUGGAACAGUCAGCAGCAGAGCCAGAAAGAUUAUGGCACGAAGAAGCAGAAUCACAGGAAGGCUCCUGGUGAUCUGCUCAAGAAACCUAACUGGGACAUGACUGCACUGCCGUUGAUACAAAAGAAUCUGUACAUUCCCCAUAGCAAUGUUUUGAACAGAACUCCUGAUGAGAUUAACAAAUAUCAUGCAGGCAAGGAGAUCACUGUUAAAGGCAACAACACACCUUCCCCAAUUCAAGCUUUUGAGGAGAGCAACUUCCCAGACUAUGUAAUGGAAGAAAUCAGGAAACAGGGAUUCGCUGAACCCACAGCCAUACAAGCUCAGGGUUGGCCAAUUGCACUUAGUGGACGAGAUCUCGUCGGAAUAGCUCAAACUGGAUCUGGAAAGACUUUGGCAUACAUCCUUCCGGCGACUGUGCACAUUAAUCAUCAGCCUCGCCUCAGCCGUGGCGAUGGUCCGAUCGUCCUAAUCCUUGCUCCCACCCGCGAAUUGGCUCAACAAAUCCAGACAGUCGCACGCGACUUUGGUUCAUCCUCGUGCAUCCGCAACACUUGCAUCUUCGGUGGCUCGCCGAAGGGGCCUCAGGCUCGAGAUCUUGAGCGCGGAGUGGAGAUCUGCAUUGCGACGCCCGGCAGAUUGAUCGAUUUCCUCGAGAAAGGCACUACAAACUUGCGUAGGUGCACCUACUUAGUGCUGGACGAAGCUGAUCGCAUGUUGGAUAUGGGCUUUGAACCGCAAAUUCGCAAAAUCAUCGAACAGAUCAGACCCGACCGGCAAGUGCUUAUGUGGUCCGCCACUUGGCCCAAAGAGGUGCAGGCUCUCGCUGAGGACUUCCUCAAUGAUUAUAUCCAGAUCAAUAUUGGCUCCUUAACAUUAGCGGCUAAUCACAACAUCCGGCAAAUCAUCGAAAUAUGCCAAGAGCACGAGAAGGAAUCUAAACUGUCACAAUUAUUGCGCGAGAUCGCGACAGAACGUGGCAGCAAGAUGAUCAUCUUCGUAGAGACGAAAAAGAAAGUGGACGACAUCACGAAAGCGAUCAAACGCGAGGGCUGGUCCGCCAUAUCAAUUCAUGGCGACAAAUCUCAGCCAGAACGCGAUUACGUGCUGUCGGAAUUCCGCAACGGCAAAACCAUGAUCUUGGUAGCGACCGACGUGGCGGCGCGCGGUUUAGAUGUCGAAGAUGUCAAAUAUGUCAUCAACUUUGACUACCCUAACAGCUCUGAAGACUACAUCCACAGGAUCGGCAGAACUGGUCGCUGCCAGAGUGCAGGCACCGCUUACGCUUAUUUUACACCGAACAACGCAAGACAGGCGAAAGAGCUAAUCGCGGUGCUGGAGGAAGCCGGCCAAGCUAUAAAUCCGCAACUGGCGGAUAUGGCGAACUCCAUCAGGGGCCAAUAUGGUAAAGGACGGCAGCGAUGGAGCCACGGACGUGGCGGCAAUAAAGAUAACAACUUGCACGGAAGUCCCAGAAACAACAUCAGCCCGACUAUAAACAACUGGCAGAGUCAGCAUAUUCCGCAAGUAAGCCAACAUGGACAUCAACAGGCUAAUCCGGAGAAAACUGUAGCGCGUCAUCAGCGCAACGGUGGUGUUGGUGGUGGUUACCAAGUCAAUCGCCAGACCAACUACCAACCUCAGCACUCUUAUCAACAGCAACAUCAGCAACGACAGCCCACCUCCGGCUACCAAAAUGGCUAUCAGGCUACUACCAAUGCGUGUCAGCCUACUCAUCAGACUAAUAGCAGUGCGCCUAGGUACCAAGGCAGGACCGGAUACCAGGGUAAUCGCUUCCGGCAGAACGGCUUCAAUGGUGGCCAGAGCGGACCCAAUGUGUACUCAAUGCCGCCGCCUUUUAUGAUGCCAUCCGGCGGCCACACUGACUCUGGGAUCCAAAGCCUCGUGAACAAUAAAUUCUUCCAGACAAACCGACCGCCUCCGAAUGCCGGCGCCUGCGCUUAUCAGUCGAUGGGCUAUGGUCAGUUUCAGGCUAUGCCGCCGUACGGAUACCCGUAUCCUCCCACGCCGGUGCAGCAGUGACGCCUCCCGCGCUGCAAAACCGCCGGAGUACGAGCUAAAU